ACAUUUUGCAACUAUUUGAAGUAAUGAUUUCACACAAGCUGGGUAAACUGGUUUUUACCCACAAUUCUUCGCGGGCACAUUGUUGUUAUUUUGAAUAAUGACGUAGCCAGAAAAGCUUGGUUUCUUAACCCAAACGAAGCCCCGGUUCCUUUCCUGAACUGUGACCAGAGACUUUGUUGGGGAUUCAUUAACCUCGUCCCCAGGCUCAGAUUGGCUGGUGGACGUUAUUGGGAUUCAUAAAUGCGGACUGUGCAGAAGUAGACCAGACAGAGCAAAGAUGGUGUCUGUUGUUGGUGCUGUGUUCGUUGUGUUGAGCUUGGCACCCCUGCUAGUGCUUAGUGUUCCUCCCAUUGGGACCCAGCCUGAGCAGGUGCACAUUUCCUAUGGGUUCCCUGGCUCUAUGGAGAUCACCUGGACCACAUUCAAUGAGACGGAGGAGAGCACCGUGGAGUACGGCCUGUGGGGCGGACGGCUGUUUGAGCUGACAGCCAAGGGCAAAGCUACUCUGUUUGUGGAUGGAGGAUCCGAGGGGAGGAAGAUGUACAUCCACAGGGUCACUCUCACUGAUCUGAGACCUGCCUCUGCUUAUGUGUACCACUGUGGCAGUGAGGCUGGCUGGAGUGAUGUAUUCUCCUUUACUGCUCUGAAUGAGAGCACUAGCUGGAGUCCCAGGUUUGCCGUCUAUGGGGACAUGGGCAAUGAGAACCCUCAGUCUCUGGCCAGACUGCAAAAGGAGACCCAGGUCGGGAUGUAUGAUGUCAUCCUACACGUUGGGGACUUUGCAUAUGACAUGCAUGAGGACAACGGCAGGAUUGGAGAUGAGUUCAUGCGUCAGAUCCAGUCCAUAGCUGCCUACGUGCCCUAUAUGACCUGUCCUGGGAACCACGAGGCUGAAUACAACUUUUCCAACUACAGGAACCGCUUCAGCAUGCCAGGACAGACUGAGAGUCUAUGGUACAGCUGGAAUGUAGGAUCAGCCCAUAUCAUUUCUCUCUCCACUGAGAUCUACUUCUUUCUUGAUUAUGGUGUGGACCUCAUCUUCAAGCAGUACGAGUGGCUUAAAAAGGACCUUGAGGAGGCCAACAAGCCAGAGAACCGAGCAGAGCGCCCCUGGAUCAUCACUAUGGGACACAGACCCAUGUACUGCUCUAACAACGACAAAGACGACUGCACCCAGUUUGAGAGUUAUGUCCGCCUCGGACGGAAUGACACAAAACCGCCAGCGCCAGGUCUGGAGGAUCUAUUAUAUCUAUACGGAGUGGACCUGGAGCUGUGGGCCCAUGAACACACAUAUGAGAGGUUGUGGCCUGUCUAUGGCUACAAGGUCUUCAAUGGGAGCAUCGAACAGCCUUAUGUAAACCCCAAAGCCCCAGUACAUAUCAUCACAGGCUCUGCUGGCUGCCGUGAGAAUCAUGAUCCGUUCGUCCCUAAUCCGAGGGACUGGAGUGCCUUCCGCAGUACAGAUUAUGGAUACACCCGCAUGCAGGUGCACAACACCACCCAUCUGUACCUGGAGCAGGUCUCCGAUGACCAGUAUGGUAAGGUGAUCGACAGCAUCUGGGUGGUGAAGGAAAAACACGGCUUCUCAGCCUGGUUCUGAAGACCCCAAGAAACCCAGCCAAUCAAAUCAACAUCUCUUCUCAGGAAAUGCACUUUGAAACAUAAUCAUGGUGAACUGCACUGUUGACUGCUAUCAAACCAAUCAUAGGAAAAUUAUUAUUUUCCAAAUAAUGGAUAUCUUUGCACACAGGCCCAUCCGUGGAGGACCAUUAGGGAUUAGACACAUGUUUCAGAUUGGGAAGAAAAGCGAAUCUUCAGAUUUCAAACUGUCUGCUCAUAUUUAUGCUGUCUACUGUUGGUUAUUCAAGAAUCAAGAUGAAAUCAGUGAAUUAGCUGAGCACAUUGGGAGAGGCCCAAACCUGAGGUGACAGUUAUUUUAUACAGUAGAUCACAAUCAUAUCUCUGUACAUCUUAGUUUCAUUCAAAUGGGCACAAUGUGGUUAGUUUCCCCUGACAAAUGGUUGUCAGGGGCCUACAUUUUAUAACAGUCUACUCAUAUUGCUACCUAGAUUUGUAUGUAUCUGAUAAAUGUUUAACAUAAAAAAUGUAUAUUGUUAGUGAGAAAGGAACAAACAAACGGAUGUUUAAAGCACCAUUAGAAAAAUGCUAUGAUUCAAUGUAAAUCGUCUCAUUUUACUGUCUUGUUAAGAAUGGUACUGUAAAACAAGGCAUCAGACUUAACUAUAUCAAUCAAUCCUGUCUUUCCAAGUGUAUGUCAGUUUCUCCAGAAGUAGCAGGCACCUGGCAGGCCACCUCAAACAAAUGGGCUUCUUUAACUCAACCUGCCCUCAGUCCUCACAGGCACACUAAGGGAUAGUACCACCAGGCCAUAUCCUAUCUGCUGCACCAAGCACGUUUUCCACUGGCCAAGAACUGGAAAUAUGUUUAAAAGAUCAAGUCUCUCAUCAUUCCAUCAAGAUGACUGAUCCUUACUUGGCGAAUCUAAAACGCUGCAGCCUCAGUUGACUUGUCCAACACAACAACAGUCAGGAGCUGCAUGCUGACUGGGAUGGUUACUGGCAGCCCACCAGCCCAACUCAAUGUGUGUUUGAGCUAACAGACUCCAGCUGUUAAAAUGCAGUAUACGACAAAAUAGGUACUGUAUCGUAACCCGUACAUAACCAUUCUGCCAAGUGAAUAAAUAAAGUCCCUGUAAAUUGAAAAGGUUUUACAACUCGUCACCUGGAUCAAUGUCCAAAUGUUUAAAAAAGGAAGUCACCCAUUGCACACAUGCAGUGGCUGCUGCGUUACUGGUGGUAUUCAGUCACUAAUGAAGUCAGUACACGUAGGAGGUUGUUAAUUUACUGAGCCUAACAGUAGCUCAGAGAGUUAGAGGUCGUCUGAGGCCUGGGUCAUUUAACAGUACGUGCCCAUUUCCUAGCCUAGCGCGCAUGCCUCCUGUUAAUUGCCAGUUUUACUACCUUACAUUAUCUGUCUUUGGUUGCAACACUCACUACCGAGUUCCACACUGCCUCUGGAAGCACUGUUUGUCGGGAGCUUCAUGAAAUGGGCUGAUAGGGCCGAGCAGCACACAAGCCUAAGAUCGCCAAGCGUCGGCUGGAGUGGUGUAAAGCUCGCCGCCAUUGGACUCGUGCAGUGGAAACGUGUUCUCUGGAUUCUUUUUUUUUCAACCUUUUAUUUAACUAGGCAAGUCAGUUAAGAACAAAUUCUUAUUUUCAAAGACGGCCUAGGAACAGUAGGUUAACUGCCUGUUCAAGGGCAGAAUGACAGAUUUGUACAAUUUUGAACUUGCAACCUUCCGGUUACUAGUCCAACGCUCUAACCACUAGGUUACCCUGCCGGAUUGAUGAAUCACGCUUCACUAUCUGGCAGUUCAAUGGACAAAUCUGGAUUUGGUGGAUGCCAGGAUAAUGCCUCCUGCCCCAAUGCAUAAAGUUUGCUGGAGGAGGAAUAAUGGUCUGGGAAUAUUUUUCAUGGUUCGGGCUAGGCCCCUUAGUUCCAGUGAAGGGAAAUCUUAACAUUACAGCAUACAAUGACAUUCUAGAUGAUUCUGUGCUUCCAACUUUGUGCCAAAAGUUUGGGGAAGGGCCUCUCCUGUUUCAACAUGACAAUGCCCCCUUGCACAAAGCAAAGUUCACACAGAAAUGGUUUGUCAAGAUCGCUGUGGAAUAAUUUGACUGGCCUGCACAGAACCCUGACCUCAACCCCAUCGAACACCUUUGGGAUGAAUUGGAACACCGACUGCGAACUAGGCCUAAUUGCCCAACAUCAGUGCCUGACCUCACUAAUGCUCGUGGCUGAAUGGAAGCAAGUCCCCGCAGCAAUGUGGAAAUCCUUAUCAGAAGAGUGGAGGCUGUUAUAACAAUAGGGGGUAAAAACUCCAUAUUAAUGAAUGUUUGAAGAGCAGGUGUCCACAUACUUUUGGUCAUGUAGCGUAUUUCAGUCAUAGUAAGUACAUUUUACCUCAAUAAAGUAGCUAGUAGUUUAAGUCAGUGCUAAUAAGAAAAGAAAAGAAGUGUGCAUGUUAGUUAACAAAAAGGCAAAGGCGUUAAAAAAUAUAUAUAUUGGGGGGGAGUGCUGUGGGAUUAUUUAAGAUACUCUGAAGAUAAAAGACCCCUAUGCCACUGUGUUCCUGUCCUUUGACCCUUUAUCCGGUAUAUUGCGGAGACCCUGUUGCGUGUGCUGAGGUGCACAGGGUACAAUUUGUCGGGUGGAGGGGGACUGGUUGACUUGCUGUAAAUGUAUAUCUUGAGACAUUGUGUUUGUUUACUAUGAUUGAUGACCACCAUUUAUAAUCCUAGAAAGCUCUGCUGUUUUCCCUCUCAAUCAUCUAACCGUAAUGUAUAUUACAUGAGAGGACAAUACAUAGAUCUCAUUUCAGCAGAGGGGGCUGCUUUGUAAGCACAAAGUGCAUGCUGUUAAUGAGUGUAUCACAUGGUAUUCACGUUUGUCUGUUGUUGACUUCAUGUGUUUUUGUGAAAAAUGUAUCCCUUUCUAGGAAAAAACUAGCAAGGAGAAAAUAACAUGUCACUUCAGAUUGCAUGCCUAUUUGUGAAAUACGAUGUGCUUAUUAAUGUCUAUGGCAGAGAUAGCAGGUUUGCGGUUAAAAGUCCUUUGUUGACCGAAGUAAUUAUUUCUGUAUCUUGAACAGAGAUGUUAUUUUCUUGUGUGUCCGGCCAUAAUUUUGAAUUGGUGGAAUGUGCACUUUUACUUGGCAAAAUAAAAGCAAGCUGGUUUGGCAUAA